CAGGCAGUUGGGGUCUGACUGUUCUGGGCCUCCCUGCAGAAGUCAUGGGUUUGGGGGAGUCUCAGUGUCUGGUGGAGGUUGGGGUACAAAGGAGAAAAGAGGGAGAGAGAGAGAGAGAGCGAGCUAGAGACACAGGGAGAGACAGAGAGAGAGUAUGUGUCAUAAAGAGGUGGAGAGGGGCUGGCACUGUGGUGUAGAGGGUAAAGCCACUGCCUGCAGUGCUGGCAUCCCAAAUGGACGCCAGUUUGAGUCCCGGCUGCUCCACUUCCGACUAUGGCCUGGGAAAGCAGUAGAAGGUGGCCCAAGUGCUUGGGCCCUUGCACCCUCCUGGGAGACCCAGAGGAAACUCCUGGCUCCUGGCUUUGGUUCGGCCCAGCUCUGGCGUUCGUGAUCAUCUGGGGAGUGAACAAGUGGAUGGAAGAGUUCCCUCUCUCUGCCUCUCUGUAAUUCUUUCAAAUAAAGAAAUAAAUCUGAAAGAAAGAAAGAAAGAGAUGGAGAGAGCCUGCCAGAGAGGAGAGAUAGAGAGCCAAAAACGGAGAGAGACAGAGAUAGAGAAAGUCAGAGAGAGAUGGAGAGAGAGAGCCAGAGAUGUAGAGAGACAGUAGAGAGAGCGAGAGAGCCAGAGACACACAGAGACAGAGAAAGCCAGAGAGAGAGAGCGAGAGAGAGAGCGAGCGAGCCAGAGAUGCAGAGAGACAGCAGAGAGCGAGCCAGCCAGGGAGACAGGGACAGAGAUGGAGAGACAAGAGGGGCCGGCGGCAGAGCGAGCCGCCCGCGGAGACAGGCGGACGAGGAGGUGCAGGGCAGGAGGCUGCGGGUGGGAUGAGCCGCCGACCGGCUCGAGGCGGCCGGAGUCAGACAAACUGGAAAUCAAAGGGCCGAGCGGGAACCCAAAGAGCCGGCGCGCGGGGAGGAAGGUCCCUAGGGGCGGCGCCGAGGUCCCCGGCCCGGCCCCCCGGAAAGCCGCCUUCCGGGACAGCAUAAAACGAGGCGCGCCGCCCGGGGCCGCAGUCCCCGCGCCAGCCAUGAGCCACUGCCCAGCCGCCGCUCCGGACCCCGAGGCCCCGUGGCCGCCCGCGCCCCCGGCCCGCGCCUGCCGCCCGCUGCCCUGGGCGCUGGGCGCCGCGCUGCUGCUGCUGGCCGCCACCUGCGCCGCCUGCGUCGCCCGCACCUGGGCCGCGCCCGGCCCGGCCCCCGGCCCCUCGCGCAGCCCGGGACUCGGCCACGACCCGGAGCCCGCGCCCGACGCCCGCGCCGGGCUCCGCGACUCCCCGCGGCAGGGCCAGUUCGCGCAGCUGGUGGCCCGGAGUGUGCUGCUGGACGACGGGACCCUGAGCUGGCACAGCGACCCCGCCCUGGCGGGAGUGUCGCUGUCCCCGGGCCUGAGUUAUGACGAGGACACGCGCGAGGUGGUGGUGGCCGAGGCCGGCGUCUACUACAUCUUCUUGCACCUGGAGCUGCGACGCGUGGUGGCGCGCCAGGGCUCGGGCUCCGUCGCGCUGUCGGUGCACCUGCGGCCGGAGCGCAGCGGCGUCGCCGCGCUGGCCUUCACCGUGGACCUGCCGCCUGGCUCCUUGGAGAAGGCCCCGGACUCAGCGGCCGGUUUCCGGAGCCGCCUGCUGCACCUGGGCGCGGGACAGCGCCUCAGUGUCCACCUGCACGCGGAGGCCGAGGCGCGCCCUGCCUGGCAGCUCGCCCAGGGCGCCACACUCUUGGGCCUCUUUCGCGUGGCCACCGAGGCCCCAGAUGGACACUCCUCGCCCUAGCCCGGGGAAGCCCGGCUGGGUGCCGCCUGGCUGCGCAGAGAUGGGGCUCCUGCCUCCUUCUUUGGCCAGGGCCCCUGGUGCUGGGGCCAGUUGCUCUACCUCAGGGGGCUGGGGCAGGGGUCCGGGCUGCAGACCCCUCCUCCUCCUCCAGGAUUUUCUCCACCCACUGCUGCCCUGAGUUGGACUUCGAUAUUUAUACUGAGCAUGAGCUCAGACAGUGUACUUUAUUAUAUUAAUCCAUUGUACUGUAUUUGUAUUUAUUUAGCGUCUGCUAUGUGCCAGACCAACAAUCGCGUCUUAUUUAUGUUAAUGCGUGAGAAAUAAAGACUCAUUCUCGGAGCCCUUCCUGUCAUUGCGGGCCAGUUGUUGGGGUCAGCCUAAGUUUGGACCACGCUUCAUUUUCUCAUCCAACUGCUGUUUAUGGCACUACUUUAAGUGCUGAGAACUGAGGGCUCAGUGCUGUGAACCAGACAGACCCCAAACCCUAGCCCAGGGUGCAGUUGUGGCACUGCAGGUGAAGCCUGUUCCGGAGCCCCGGGUUCUCUGCUUCCAGUUCCAGCUCCCCGCUAAUGUGCAGAAUGGCCCCGCCUCCCGCAGGGGAGACCCGGAUAGAGCUCCUGGCUCCUGGCUUCAGGCUGGGCCAGCUCUGGCUGUUGUGGGCAUCUGGAGAGUGAAUCAGUGGAUGGAAGACCUCUCUC